AAUGAAGUUGGCUCGGUAGUUUUGGGAUUUCAGUCUCUCUCUCUCUUUAAGAAGAUAGAAUCGUAGAAAACUAGAGCAGUUGCAGCAGCAGCAGCCAUGGCCGCCGCGUCGCCGUUGGAUCCUCCGAAGCCCGACUCCGAAGCCGCCGACACCGACCCAAACCCUAACCCUACUAAUCCUUCAAACGCGUUAUUCCCUGUUUCCCCAAACGGCUCUGCUGUCUGCCUUCUCCGGUUCGCUGGGGACUCCGCCGGCGGCGCAUUCAUGGGCUCCAUCUUUGGCUAUGGUGCGGGUUUGGUUAAGAAAAAAGGCUUUAAAGGAUCCUUUGCAGAAGCAGGAUCUUAUGCUAAGACGUUUGCAGUUUUGUCUGGAGUGCACAGUUUGGUUGUCUGCAUUUUGAAGAGGCUUCGAGGAAAGGAUGAUGUCAUUAAUGCAGGAGUAGCUGGAUGUUGUACCGGUCUCGCCCUUAGUUUUCCAGGUGCACCCCAGCAACUUCUACAAAGUUGUCUCACUUUUGGGGCCUUUUCAUUUAUUCUUGAAGGCUUUAAUAAGCAGCAGCCAGCUCUGGCACAAUCAUUUCCUCUGAGAAUCAAAAGUGAAGAACGUCCUUCAUUGGUGCUCCCUCUUCAACUAUCACUUACUGGGGAACUGAAAGAGGGUUUCACCGCCUUCUGUAACUCCUUGAAAAAUCACAAGGGCACUCCUCGCACAACCUAAGAAGUUUUGUUUCAUCACUCUUAAGCGUUUUGAUCUUUAAUUUAAGUGGUUUCUUUUUGUUUCCCUAGUGAGAUCGGGAUGUUAUCUUUGAUGUAAAUUUCUAGUUGAAAUUCUAGUUGCAAGUUAUGAAAUUCGCCCAUUGCUUUA